AUGGACCCGCCAGCGACGUUGCUCUCUAUCCGACGAAUACAAAUUGCUCUGCAGUUGAUAGCGUCGCUAAAACUUUUCUCCUAUCUCUUCCCGCAGCAAGCGGUCGUGUACGAUUACAGCACUUAUGACUUCAUUAUAGUUGGCGGAGGUGCAGCGGGUAGUGUGCUUGCAAACAGACUCACAGAAGACAAAAAUAUUAAUGUACUGCUCAUCGAAGCAGGCGACGAUCCGUCACUUGAAGUACUGCUUGCCGGUAUGUUCUACCUUACAGCGGAAUCUCGUCUUGACUGGAACUAUACAUCAGAAAGUACGCAAUACUCCCAAUGCCAUAAAGGUCGAGUUCUUCAUCAUACUAGCGGGAAAGUUUUAGGAGGUAGUAGCAGCGUUGGCUAUAUGUUUUAUGGACGUGGUAGUCCGUUUGAUUAUCAAAUGUGGGCCACCGUAGCCAAUGAUAGUACAUGGAAUUGGGAUGGCGUUUUUCCAUAUUUCCUCAAAAGCGAAAGGCUGGAAGAUUCUUCAAUAUUUAAUUCACCAUUGAAAGACAGUCACGGCUACAAUGGAUAUUUAGGUGUAACCAGAGAACCUACCAAUGAUUUCUCUAAAUAUUUAAACGGAUUCAAGGAGGAUGGCAAAUCGGAAGUUUUCGACAUAAAUGGAAACGAAACCAUCGGUUAUACUAAUCAGUGGUUCACGAUAGCCGGCGGUGCCCGACAGACAACUGCAUUUGCAUAUAUAACCCCAGUUAGAGGCCGGUCAAAUUUACAUGUCAUGAAAAACGCUGUUGCAACAAAAAUACUUUUUGAUAAUAACAACAAUGCAAUCGGCGUGGAAGCAAUUACACAUAAUAAUGAAACGUUCGUACUCAAGGCCAGUAGAGAGGUUGUUAUUUCUGCGGGCGCAUUCAACACUCCACAACUUUUAAUGUUGUCAGGAAUUGGUCCAGAAGAACAUUUAAGGGUUUUGAAUAUAAACGUAAGGAGUAAUCUUCCAGUUGGUUACAAUCUACAAGAUCACCCGCUUGUGCUAUUGUCAAUUCUAACUGAGAGGUCAAAUAAUCCACCACCUCGCAACGAUCCUCAUAAUUUUCCAAUGCCAACACUUACUGGUUAUGUAGCAUUAAAUAAAGCUCAGAUUAAUCCUGAUUAUCAAAGCAUCAACUUUGCUAUACCAAACGAUUCACCUAUGCCCAAUACAUUCUGUUCUUUACUUAUAGGAUUUUAUAAUGAUAUAUGCCAAACUCUGAAAAAUGGAGUAAAGGAUAGAAAAAGUAUUAUAAGCUUAAUAAAUCUUUUGCAUCCGAAAUCUCGUGGUCGAGUGAUGCUACGGAGUGCAUCGCCGAGAGAACCUCCACUCAUUUACAGCGGUUUGUUUUCUGAUGAAAGUGAUUUAGAAGAUUUAGUAAGCUAUAUAAAGGAUUUUACUGGAGUUGUUAAUACGACGCAUUUUAAAGAUAUGAAUGCGGAAUUAGUUGACCUGACGGGGUCACGAUGUUUUGGAUUUAAACUUUGGAGUAGAGAAUACUGGCGUUGUUAUAUUGGCUGUAUGGUAUCUACAAUGCAUGACUACAGUGGCACGUGUGCGAUGGGUAUGGUUGUGGAUUCAAGGCUACGUGUUCGUGGUGUAAGAAGACUUCGAGUUGUAGAUGCUAGUGUCAUGCCUAGUCUCAUCGGCGGUAACAUUCUAGCAGCAGUUGUAAUGAUCGCAGAGAAAGCUGCAGAUAUGAUCAAAAGAGAUUUAUCGAUGAAUAUUGUACCUAGUCGACCAUUUAUAAAUGUUUAA